AUGGCUGCCGCCAGAUCGGUGGAGGAGGAUCUCCUCAGGUUGCUCCGGCAGAACCCCCAGGGUGUCACUGAUGAGGCCCUCAGUGCCGCCCUGCCUGGAGUGCCCAUCGAGGAGCGAGUCAACGCAGUCAACUCCCUGCUGGCUGCCAACAGACUCCAGCUGCUCAAGAACAGCAGCAACAAGAUCGUGUACAAGGAGGUGGCCGCGGAGGAGGCCGCCAAGUUCAAGGGGCUCAGCACGGAGGAGCUGCUGCUGUACCAGUGCAUCAAAGCUGCGGGGAACACCGGUAUGCCGGGGAUCACCAAGAUUCUCAAGGUGUUGGAAUCUCGCCGGCUGGUAAAGAGCGUCAAGAAUGUCAACAACCCCUCUAGAAAGGUGUACAUGUUGUCGGAGCUGGAGCCGAGCCGGGAGCUGACGGGAGGCGCCUGGUAUACGGAAAAUCAGUUCGACUCGGAGUUCAUCAAUGUACUGCGGGAGGCUUGUUACUCGUACAUCAAGCGAAAGGACAAGGUGUCGUCCUCGCUGGGUGAGAUUGCAGCUUUCAUCCGAAGCCGGGGCUUCUCCAAGGUAGAGCUGCGCAUCGAGGACAUACACACAAUCAUCAUGACGCUGGUGUACGACGGCCGUGUGGACGAGGUGGAGCCGGAGGGUGAUGAGGACGAGGACCACUAUCGCCUGGCUGUGCUCGGCAUCCCUGACUCCACGUCGCUCACAGACGUGCCCUGUGGCGUGUGUCCUGUGGCUGGGGAGUGUGCGGAAGGUGGCGUCAUCUCUCCGCAGACGUGCAUCUACUACGAUAAAUGGCUCGAGUUCUAA